GGUGAAGAGCUGGUUGAAGAGGAGGGACAAUGUAACUUUCAAUUUCGAUUUAAUUCAGGAAAACAUGGAGUCCGUCUGAUGUCUGACCAAAGUCGUCGAAACAGUUUUAGAUUUUUAAAGAAGGGUUUCGACAACGAGAAAACUUUAUAAAAUAAAACCAGUACUGCUCGGCUCGACUGAACCUUUCGGUUUCCGUCCCUGGCAGACAGAAACGGCCAUUGUUGUUACCGGAGUCUCAGCAGAGCAUCAGCAUGUUGAAAGAAACGGGGCCCGAGUGGUUGUCUGAGGAGGUGAAAACCGGAACGACCAUCAUUGCCAUAGAGUUUGAUGGAGGGGUCGUGCUGGGGUCUGAUUCUCGAGUGUCUGCAGGGUCCUCAGUGGUGAACAGGGUGAUGAACAAGCUGUCUCCCCUCCAUGACAAGAUCUACUGUGCUCUGUCGGGCUCUGCAGCAGACGCUCAGACCAUCGCUGAGAUGGUCAACUACCAGCUCGACGUCCACAGUCUUGAGAUAGACGAGGAUCCCCAGGUUCGCUCAGCUGCCACUCUAGUGAGGAACAUCUCGUACAAGUACAAGGAGGAGCUGUCGGCACAUCUCAUCGUGGCCGGCUGGGACAGGAAAAAUAAAGGACAGGUGUUUGCAACCCUGAAUGGUCUCCUGACAAGACAACCUUUUGCAGUCGGGGGCUCUGGCAGCUCAUAUGUUUAUGGGUUUGUUGAUGCUGAAUAUCGAAAGGGCAUGAACAAGGAGGAGUGCCAGCAGUUUGUUGUCAACACUCUCUCUUUGGCAAUGAACCGUGAUGGCUCCAGUGGCGGCGUGGCCUAUAUUGUCUCCAUUGAUGAACACGGCACAGAGGAGAAAGUCAUUCUAGGGAAUGACUUACCAACCUUCUUUGAUCAGUGAUACACAUGUAGUUUUUUUUUCAUCCCUAUUUUGCUAAGCCACUGUUGUGCAGGUUACAAUUAGAUAUUUGUUUUGCUCCCAAUAGUCAUUAUUGCACACGCUUUUUGGUUCAGCUGUCAACUAAUACAGCUUAUAACCUAAAAAUUAAGAAUACUUUGACUAAUAAUUCUAUUUACGAAAAUGCAUUGUUCUAUGAUUCCCAAAGCUAUUUCAAGUGUAACAUUAGGUAGCCUUGGUGUGUGUAUACUGUAAUUUAAAAGCUGCUCACACCCUCAGAUCAUCAGAUAAAGCUGAUUACGUUUGUGGCUCAUCAUUAGGGACUUUGAAAUAUAACAAAGAAGAAGGUUAUCUCACCAGAGGGAUGACAGAAAACAUUUUGUUAGCUCUGUCCCUUCACCAAGUUCAGGACAGCUAUACAGAGGUAGACAUGGAAAUUGCCCCUGUGUCUGUCGAAUGGUCUCUAGCCAUCAGGUCAUUUCCUUCUCUUAAACUUGUUGCAAGACUCAUUUUUCAGUCCAUACGGCUCCAGUUUGUGUUUUAAUGGUCCUGAGUGGCAAAGUAAAUGAAAGUAAAUGCACCUUCCUUUCACAAAACCUGAAGAACCCCCAUAGACUGUAUAUUAACAGUCUAUGAGAAUCCCUGCCGUUCCUUUAUCCUCACUAGUCCCACAGAACACUCCCACACUUUCUCUAACAGCAGCUGUUGUCUGUCAGGUAUUCAGUCUGGCAACAUAUCAGCAAAAAGUGAAAGUCAAAUUUGUUGCACAACCAGAAGAUUAUGUCACCCUUUUUUCUGCACGACAAGAGUGUUUUAGGAUUAAGAUGCUUAUUGAUGGUUUGUCACCUGCAGGAUUUGCCUGAACAUAAGUAAAAGCAUGAUUAAAUUGACAUACAUUUUG